AUGAAAACAAUGAUGGAAUUGGCUUUAUUACAAAAGGUUCAAGAGCAAGAAAUGAUGCUUUCACCAGCAUCACUAGCUAUUCCUGCUGCUGGGUGUUCGCAAGGUGCUGUAUCUUUCGCACAAGAACGGAUAUGGCUUGAUGAAAAGAUCCAUCACGAUCCAUCAAUAUCACCUGCCAUGCAUAAUUUUGUUCUACCUUUGGUGAUUAAGCAUGGUUCAAUGUCAAUUGAGCGCAUUCGUUCGACUGUUGUUGCUGUUAUUGAACAGCACGAAAUACUUCGAACAGCAAUUUACUUCGAUAAAAAUCGUAACAUGUUGGUCCAAGCAGUACAAUCUGUGGACAACAAUGACGCUUACUCCUUUGAAAUAACAGCAAACGAUAUACAAGGUUUUGAUGAAAUUGCUGAUCUACUUAGAAAUGAAUCGGCCAAGCAUUUUGCUGAAUUAGAACAUGGUUUAGUUGUUCGUUGUCAUCUAGUUAAGGUGGGAUCUGACGAUGACAUGGACAAAUUAUAUCCUCAAGAUUUGAUUAUUUUCAUAUUUCAUGGUGUAGCAUUCGAUUAUAAUUCUAUUAAUCCGUUCCUUGUUGCUUUUACAAAAGCAUACGAUCAAAUGGAACUGGAUUUUGAAAGGUUACAGUAUAUCAGUUUCAGUCUAUGUGAGCGUCAACAAUUCAUUAAUAUCCCCAAAGAUUCCCAAAUACGAAGAGCUCAACAGUUUUGGUCAAAACUGAUGGAUGACUACAGCCUUGAUGUAAACUAUCCGACACCAUUUACGCGCCCAUUCGACACAAAAAAGCGUUCUGGAGAAGGGCAUAGCACAUCAUUUAUACUGGAUUCGACUCUUGUAAAAGCUCAAAUGGAAUUUGCAUCGCUGCAUGGUUUGUCUAUGUUUCAUACAGCAUUAGCGUGCUUCUUUCUCUUUAUUUAUGAACUCAAUGAUGGUACUAUUAGUGACUUGUGUGUGACCUGUCCUACAGAAAAUCGAUCAUUCGUUGAUACAAAACGCAUGAUUGGUACGUUUGCGAAUUUAUUACCAUAUCGUAUCAAAAUUAAUGCAAAUGAAAGCUUUAUUAACUUGGUACAGCGAAUUUGUCAACUGGACAUGGACAUUCUUAAUCACUGUCAACUACCUUAUCAACAGAUCAUCAAGGGUAAUACGGAGUUAUGUUCAAGCAAGAUUCCGUUACAUUUUCAAUAUGAAGAAACUCACUCUUCUUCAACUAGUGAAAUAAAAUCGAUAGCCAAAACAAAUGAUGCAAUAUUAAGUUUAUAUACUGAACAACCUUGGCUAUAUGGCAAUGGUAUUGCUUCGCAUGAUAUGAAUCUAAAAAUAAUUCAUAAUCAGUUUAGCCAAACAACUUAUUGUAUUUUUGAAUGUAGCGCUGAUUGUUAUGAUGAAGUGACAGUAUCCAAUAUGGGUCGAUAUUUUCAGAAUCUACUUUCACAUAUCUUUACUGAAAAUACGAAAACUAUUGGAUUCGACCCAAUUUUUGAAAAAAUUGGAAACCUUUCUCUUUUACCAAUGAACGUUGAAAAUUUAUCAAACGUCAUCGAAUCACUACGACAUUUCUCCGAAAUAAAUGCUUUCAUUGAACAACAUAUGCCUAUGAUUGGUGCAAGCAUGUUCUGGCAUGAUGCUCUGCAUGAUUACAAACUAGAUCAAUCUCUCUUAUUGCCAUAUGAUCGAUAUCGACCUACAAAUGGAUAUCGAUCUGGUUUUGGAACAUCUGUUUCAUUCGAUUUAGAUCGAAAUCUUUGUGACACUUUCCUUUAUUAUACAUCUUCACAAAAUAUCUCACCAGAACAUCUGAUGUUGUCUAUGUAUUUUGUCUUUCUAUUUAAACUGACAAAUGGGGAAACAGAUCUAUGCAUUGGAAUGAACGUAGAUGGUCGAUAUAGAGAUGAACUUAGAUCAGUGAUUGGUAUGUUUGUCAAUGCUAUUCCCUUGCGAUGUCAACUAGAUCCACAAUGGUUUCUACAUGAACUUGUUAAACAUGUUCAAGAGAUACUAACCAACAGUCGCAAAUACUCUUAUUUUCCUCUUCAACGUAUCCUUGAUCAACAUCCACAUGCUUCGAAACCUGCAUUUCUUGAUACAUCAUUCGAGUUCAUGCGAUAUUCACCACAAGAUCUUGGCAAAGACAUGACUAUAGGUCACAGUCAUCUCUCUAUAAUGCCUAUUUCGAUCAAGAUUAGUGACAAUGAUAUCAUGAACAAGUUUGACUUCAUCCUUAGUAUUCAGCACGAUUUCGAUAUGAAUCAACUCUCUUGUACAAUCAAUGCAUCACUUGACUUAUUCAAUCGACAGACAGUGGAGAAGAUUUCACAACGAUUUCAUUUCAUCUUACAUCAAUUAUCUGCAUCUAUGAUUGAUAAUCAAAUGAAGAAACCUAUCUAUGAAAUAUCAUUAACAUUAUCAAACGAACAAUAUCUAAUGGAAUCGUUGAAUAAUACACAAGUAUCAUUUUCAUCUCCAGUCACUUGUAUUCAUCACGAAUUUGUAUUUCAAGUAAUGAAACAUCCACAAAAACUAGCUGUUGAACUAGACGAACAAUCAUUAACAUAUUGUGAACUUCUAUAUUAUGUUCAAGUGUUAUCGUUAACUCUUCUUAAUGAAUAUCUUAUCACUCCAGGUGAAAUAGUUUGCCAAUGUGUUGAGAGAAGUUUGUCGAUGGUGAUUGGUAUCAUGGCAAUUGAAAUGGUUGGUAGUGUUUAUUGUCCAUUGUCGCCUCGAGAUCCAGAGCAGCGUUUACAUGCAUUUGUACAACGAACUCAAAGUCGUCUUGUUCUUGUUCAUUGGCUGACGAAAAUGAAAUUUAACAAUGAUAGUCUUACGACUAACAUUCAUUCAAUACUCGCUAACAAUGAUGUAAUGAGUGAUAUUGAUGCUGAUCGACUAUCAGGUAUUACAGUAACGCCUAGUGACAUUGCUUAUAUCAUUUUUACUAGUGGUUCAACUGGAAUACCAAAAGCGAUUCAAGCACGCCAUGAAAAUCUCAUUCAUUUCAUGAACUCAUUAGUCAGACUCGACGUAUUCAAUAAAGAUGAUACUGUAGUUCAGAUCGGACGAUGUUCAUUUGACAUUCAUGUUCAAGAAAUACUUGGCACUUUGAUGCAUGGAGCUUCAUUGGUUAUGGUUCGUCCAGGAGGAACACUAGACUUUGACUAUCUCUCCAAUAUCGUACAGAUGAAACAAAUUACAUAUAUGUUCAUGGUUCCAAGUUUACUUCAAAGCUUUUUCACAUUUAUCGCACAAUCUAGCAAGAUAACUACUUCAAAAUAUUUUCGAUCACUUUGUGGUGGCGGCGAACCAUUCUCUGUUAAACUAAGUACUUUAAUCGCAAAUAAUAGUGUGUCAGAGUAUAAUGUAUGGAAUUACUACGGUCCUGCAGAAAUAACAAUCGCCUGUACAUUUCAUCUUAUUGAUGUUAAAGUUAAUUCUAGCAGCAUUCCAAUUGGUAGAUCACCUCCUAACUAUCAAUGCUUGAUUUUAAAUAAAUUUUUACAAAGUACAUCUAUUAAUCAAGAAGGAGAAUUAUUUGUUGGAGGUAUGGGUGUCUUUGCUGGUUAUCUUGGGCAUGACGAUUUAACUUCAAAAGCUCUUCUUGAAAUAGAUGGUCAACUAUUUUAUCGAACAGGUGAUCUUGUUACAAUAGAUAACAAUGGUCUUCUCCAUUUUCAAGGAAGAAAAGAUCAUCAAAUCAAACUUCAUGGACAACGAAUUGAACUUGGUGAAAUCGAACGAUGUUUACUUAACAUCACAUCCAUAUCUGCUUGUGUUGUCAUAAAAUAUAAUGAAGAUCACCUAGUAGCUUAUGUUCAAUCUUCUCAUGUCAAUGAAGAACAACUACGUCAACAUUGUCAAUCUAAUCUUCCACCACAUAUGAUUCCAUCUUUCUUUAUCAUUCUUGAUAAACUACCGUUGAAUCAAAAUGGAAAAAUAGAUCGAAAACUACUUCCAUCACCUCACUAUCCAUCGUCAACUAUACCAUCGCUAAGAGAACUUGACACACCAGUCAGUCAAAUGGAAAAGAAUGUGUAUGAUAUUUGGUGCCAGGUGUUGGAGCAUAAUGGACGAUCUAUAUCAACAACAUCAAACUUCUUUACUAUCGGGGGUCAUUCUCGUUUAUUUAUUGAACUUUAUCAUCGUUAUCAAACUAUCUUUGGUUUCGAUAGUCGUACAUUAUCUAUUAGUCCGUUUCUUGAACAACCAACUAUUCAACAGCAUGCAAAGUUAUUAAAGGCAGUCACAACUGAUAAUAUUCGAAGGGAACAAUGGUGUUCUCUGCACAUUAAUCGAAGUAUGGCAUCAUUUGCUCAAGAACGUAUAUUUCUGGAUGAACAAAUUCGAUUCUCUAAUAAACAUAUUUUCUAUAAUAAUUUUGUUGCACUACGAGUUACUGAAGGUGUCUUAUCAACAAGUCGAGUACUACAAGCUCUCCAACUGGUUUUGAGGAAACAUGAAAUAUUGCGUACUUCACUCGUGUUUAAUAAUGAUGAUAGUACACUACACCAAUAUGUCACUGACAAUCACAAGACAUUUACAUUUCUUGAUCAGCAAACUUUCGAGAGUGACAAUGAACUUCAAAAUAUUAUUUAUCGAACGGUUAUCAAUCCUGAUCUGUUCGAUUUGUCAAGUGGUCGAGUUUUUAGUUGUCAGAUAUUUCAACAGCAGAAGACUACACAUGAGACUGCUCACACAGACUCUCUUGACAAGUAUGAUGUUCUUGUAUUAUAUUUCCAUCAUGCAGCAGUUGAUGGAACUUCUAUACCAAUCCUGUUGAAUGGUUUCUAUAAUGCUUAUAGUAAUAACAUGACAGUUUCACUUGAUGAACAAUCAGUGAAAUAUAUUGAUUAUGCUGUUUAUGAACGGAUUAUGGAUAUGACAUCAUCUCGUAACUUCUGGUAUUCUCAACUAGAAAGAUUUAAUCUCCAACGUGCAUUAAAGCUACCAGUUGAUAGACACCGUUUGUCCGCUGCUCAACGAUCUAGCUUGGCGUCGGUAGCUCAGAUCUCUUUUGACAAGGAGCUGUCGAUGAUAUUUCUCAAUUAUGCUUCCUUACAUCAGAUUACACCUUUUCAGCUUGGUUUGACUGCAUUUUACGUGUUUCUCUUCAAAUUAACUCAUGGAGAAACUGAUUUAUGCAUUGCAUCUCUUAAUGCUAAUCGAUAUGGAAGUGAAUUAGAAAAUAUGAUCGGUAUGUUUGUUUCAACGUUACCAUAUUGUGUACAACUCAAUUCUCAUUGGUCAUUUGAUGAACUUGUGAAACAUGUUCAAGAAAAGUGCUUAUCAAUUCUUAAGCAUUCUCAUUAUCCACUUCAGCAUAUACUUACUGAUUUUCGACUUAAUCAAUUGGAUGUUCCAUUUCUUGAGCUCGUAUUUAAUUUCUUACCGGUGUCUACAAACAUUGAUCGAUAUUCUAUAGAUAAUGUAUGCUUAGAGCAAGUGUCAAUCGAACAAGCAGAUGAAAUUUCUCAGUUUGACUUCUCAACAAUGUUCCUAUACAAUCCGACAUCAGAUGAUCAUAAACUUUCCUGUCGAUUCUCCUGUUCGCAUGAUUUAUUUGACAACACCACUGUUAAAACAAUAGCGCAACGAUUUCAGCAUCUCCUAUCACAAUUAUUUUUGACAAACUCAAAUGGCAUGGAAAACAAUCUAUCUAUUAAGUCUAUCAAAAAUUUGUCUUUGAUAUUGCCUGAAGAAGCGGAUGAAAUAUAUACAUUAUCAUUAGAUCGCGUGAUAGGCGUUACUACAGAAGCACCAGCAUCAUUUGCACAAGCUCGUAUUUGGCUUGACGAAAGAAUUCGAUUCGAUACAGACAAGCCUCAAACAGCAAUCUAUAAUAUGCCUUUUGUUUAUCAUCUUCAAUCAGAUCAUACUUUAUCCAUUACACAACUUCGUCGUGCUCUUCAUCUCACUGUUAACAAACAUCCCUUACUUCAUACAUCUCUUCCUUUCGACAUCCAAAAGAAUCUACUUAUGCAACGAGUUAUUACUGAUGAUGAUAAAAAUAAUAAUAUGUUUUCAAUCAUCGAAACUAUUUAUGAAACAGAUGAACAACUCAAUGAGAUUUUACACGACGAGAAACGUAAUCCUCAUCUUUUUGAUCUUGCUCAAGGUCUCGUGAUUGGUAUAAUGGGAAUUGAAAUGGCUGGUGGUGUUUAUUGUCCAUUGUCACCUCGAGAUCCGGAACAUCGUUUACAUGCACUUACAAAACAAACACAAAGUCGUCUUGUUCUUGUUCAUCAUUUUACAAUGAAUAAGCUGAAUGAUAAUAUAAUUUCACUCAAUACUGAGUUAGUAUUCACUGACAACUAUUUGAAAUGUGAUACUGAUGUUGAACAACUAUCAAGUAUAAACGUCACAUCCGACAAUAUAGCUUACAUCACUUUCACAAGUGGUUCAACUGGUGUUCCUAAAGCGAAUUUUAAUGAUAAUCCUUUAGUUACACUGAGAUCGCUUGCAAUUGGCGGUGAAACUGUCUCUCACAAACUGGUAUAUCAUCUCAAUCACUACGUGCAGGAGACAUGCUACAUGUGGGAUGUAUAUGGACCGGCUGAAACAACAAUGUUAUCGACAUUUUAUCUUAUUGACUCCAUCUGUGGUCAUUUGGACGUUCCUAUAGGUAGCCUUCUUGCUAAUUACCAAUGCAAGGUAUUUGAUGUAUACUUACAACCUGUUUCUAUUGGCGAAGAAGGUGAACUAUUUGUAGGAGGAGUAGGUGUGUUUGCUGGAUAUCUUGGACGUGACGAUUUGACCGCAAAAGCUCUUGUUGAAAUAGGUGGUCAACUAUUUUAUCGAACAGGUGAUCUUGUUACAAUAGAUAACAAUGGUCUUCUUCAUUAUCAAGGAAGAAAAGAUUAUCAAAUCAAAUUACGUGGUCAAAGAAUUGAACUUGGUGAAAUCGAACGAUGUUUACUUAACAUUACAUCUAUAUCUGCUUGUGUUGUUAUGAAAUGGAAUGAUGAUUAUUUAGUUGCUUAUGUUCAGUCUUCUCAUACCAAAGAAGAACAACUACGUGAACAUUGUCAAUCUCAUCUUCCAUCACAUAUGAUACCAUCCAUAUUUAUUGUUCUUGAUAAACUACCUCUGAAUCAAAAUGGAAAAAUAGACAGAAAACAUCUACCAACACCUAAUUUUUCAUCGUCAACCGAUAAUAUUGAUGGUAAUAUGCCACACACUACUUUAGAAGAACAGUUACAAGAUAUAUUUAGUCAAGCUUUCCAUAUUGAAUCCCCUCAUGUUGAUGUUUCUUUUGGUCAACUUGGUGGAACGUCAUUGGGUGCUAUCCUUGCACUUACAUUGAUUCGUCAACAAAUCUGUAAUAAAGUUGACAUUGGUCUUCUGUUUACUAAUCCGUCUAUUCGAAAAUUGGCUAAAGUUAUAGCACCUUUAUUAAUUUUCGAAGAACUAGAAGAGACAGCUUCCACAGUUAACGAAUAUCAUGAAAUACAUGAUCAUCUUGCACCUUCAUUUGUCAUCGAAUCUUUAGGUGUUAUGCUUCUUGUUUGCCAGUGGUUGUUACCAAUCAUGAUCAUUCAUCGAUGGUGCCCACUUCUUUUUCCUAUCUUACCAGUAUGUCAUCUGCUAUUCUAUAUCAUAUGUUCACGUCUACUUUCACCGCAAAAAAUCAAAGAUGACAAUAUUUUCUCUUGGAACUAUUAUCGUUGGUGGUUUUUAGAUCGAGUAUGGAGUAAUAAUACAUUUUGGCUGCAACAUAUACUUGGUACACCAUUGUAUAAUUGUUACCUUCGUCUUUGCGGCGCUCGAGUUAGUCUUAAUGCACAUAUUUAUACCAUAACUAUGGAUGCUCCAUGGUUGUUAGAUAUUGAUGAUGGAACUUGGAUUGCUGAUAAUACGACUCUAAACUGCUUAUAUUACAAUGAUAAUGAUACUUUUGCAUUAAAUUCAAUUAGAAUUGGCUGCUAUUGUUCCAUCAGUGCCCGAUCUAUUCUGUUUGGUGGAGUUGAUAUGCAAGAUAACAUUAUUGUUCAGCCUAUGUCAUCAGUUACUGGUUUCAUCGCAUCGCGAACGACUAUCGAUGGUGACGAACAAAAAUCAACUUCAUCAGAUAUCUCAAUCACACACAGUAAUCGAUUAUUAUCAACAUGGCACAAGAUCUAUCAAGUGAUUACAAUCAUCUCACUCAUCUGUAUUCAUUGUACACUUUUAUUCAUGGCCUACAAAGUUUAUUCAAUUGAACAAUUACCACUACUUAUUAGUAUUGCGUUUUGCUGGACUUUGUGGUCAAUUCUUGCUUGCUUUGUCACUCUCUUUCUCUUAAAAUUUGUAGUUGGUUCUUGUGCUGCUGGUGAGACAUAUCCAUUUGGGUCGUGGUCAUAUUUACAUAAGGUGUGGUUUCGUCAAUUAAUUGUAUCUAGUUUUCAUCAUGCAUGGUCACUACCAAUUCUAUACGAUCAUCUUUUCCCUUUUAUUCUUCGUUGGCUAGGUGCUCAAGUUGAAGAUGAUGUCAAACUCGUCCGUAUACAUACCUUCUUGUCUUAUCCAACAAAUCUGUUGAAAAUUGAAACAGGAGUCACUGUUUUUGGUUACGUUUUAUUAGUUCCUACUGAGAUGACACUUGAGGGUGACCAUCGUGUAGAUUAUAUAACACUCGGAUCUCAUACAAAUCUUGGUAACAUGUGCUCAAUUUUGCCGGGUAGCCAUCUUGCAUCUCAUACUAUGGUUGGCAAUUUAACACGAAUUACUCGAGAAACAAUCAGCAACAACAGAGAUGUUUUCAUUGGUGUUCCAGCUAGUGCUAUGCCAUUUCAAAUGCCCAUUAGAGAAGCGACAGAUGAUCAAAUUAAAACUACUCCGUUUUGGAAGACAUGCUUUUCUCAUUAUAUUAGCAAAUGUCUUCUCACAGGUAUCUAUUGGUCAUGUGGUCUUAUUGGUGGACCAAUUCUUCACACAAUAAUUGUAUGCAGUUUCGAUCGAUGGCAUUUAUAUACAGAUAAUGAAAUAAUCGAACAAAUAAUAAGAAGACUACAAGUAGAUCAUGAGAUUUUUAUUUGUACAUUUCUUGGCAAUACUCAGUGGCUAAUUCGGUUAUUUCGAGCAUAUGGUGCGAACAUCGGCAACAAUGUAAUCUUACCCGAUGUUUGCUCUAUUUUUGAUUACAAUUUGGUGACUAUCGGAGAUCAUGUUCGACUUAAUAUGAAUGCCAUUAUUGUGGGUCACACUUUCGAACAGCGUAUUUUGAAACUGGUUCCUGUUACAGUAGGCAACUCGUGCGUUCUUAUGAGUGGGUCAUUUGUAAUGUCGGGUUGUAAACUGAUGGGUAACAAUCGACUUUAUCCUUUUACACUCGUAAUGAAAAAUGAUUUAUUGCAAUCAAACACACAAUGGAAAGGACUUCCUGCACAAUCUUAUGUGGCAAAACCAAUAUUAUCUCGAUCUGUACCCAUUUGUGAUGAUAUCGUCAAAUGUGAACAAAAAUCUAAGAAUUUCGAUCGACUGUCUUUGUGGUAUGAACAAGUUUCAAAUGUCUAUAAGAAUGUCAAUGAACUACAAUUUAUGAAUUGGGGUUAUGCAGAUUUGGAUGAGCAUAUUGAUGACAAUACUGGUUACUAUUCGAAGAAACUUUAUCAACAAGUUCUUGCUAAUGUAACACUUACGGAUCAAAAUAUACUCGAAGUGGGUUGUGGCAGAGGUGCUGGUGCUGCUUGGUGUAUUCGUACAUAUGCUCCUCGAUCUUAUAUUGGAAUAGAUCCUUCUCGAGAUGUUAUUAAUCUAUGUCAACAAUAUUAUUCAACAAUUCAUCGACUCUCGUUUAUGAUAGCUGAUCCAAAAAUCCAUUUACCAUUUCAAAAUGAGUCAAUAAAUGUUGUUCUUUCGAUUGAAACAACAAACAUUUUUGAUGAAAGAGAAGUAGUGAAGAAAUUUGUCAAUGAAAUUACUCGUGUGCUUACUGCUGAUGGAUACUUUCUUUGGUGUGGCUUGUGUAAUGUGGAUGGUUCAAGUGUAUUGAUUGAUUAUUUAACAGCAAAUAAUGCAUUUAUUAUUAAAGAGAAGGUCAAUAUCACAAGAAAUGUUCUUCAUGCACUUGACAUGCAAAGUAACUCACGUGCUGAUUUUAUUGAGCGUUAUAUUCAACCUGCAGAUCAAGAAUAUUAUCGUCUAUUCGCUGGAUUGCCUGGCACUCAACUAUAUAAUAAUAUGCAACAAGGACAUGCAGAAUAUUAUCGAGUUGUAUUCCGCAAGAAGAUAAUAAAAAACACACUUCAUAUUUAA